AAGCAAGUCUGAAAGUAAGAGAGAAGGGGGAGGAGAUCCGAGACACUCCAUGUAGUCAAAUAUAUUAAAAAACCCAAAAAAAGAAAAGCAAUGCUACAAACCCCGAAGUUGGGCGUUUUCUUUUAAACGGGUACUCGUACUCUCUGACCUCAACCUGGAAGAUGUCGGCGUCCGCAAUCUUCGUGCUGGACGUUAGAGGGAAGGUUCUCAUAUGUCGGAAUUACAUGGGGGACGUUGACAUGAAUGAAAUCGAGAACUUCAUGCCUAUUUUGAUGCAGAAGGAAGAAGAAGCUGAUGUUUCACCUUUACUAACUCACGGCAAAGUGAAUUUUAUGUGGAUUAAACACAGCAACCUCUACUUGGUCGCUAUAACUAAGAAGAAUGCCAAUGCUGCACUUGUGUUUGCCUUCCUGUAUAAAACAGUGGAGGUGUUCAAAGAGUAUUUCAAAGAGCUGGAAGAGGAGAGUAUUCGAGAUAAUUUUGUUACCGUGUACGAGCUGUUAGAUGAACUGAUGGAUUUUGGAUUUCCUCAAACAACAGACAGCAAAAUACUCCAAGAGUAUAUCACCCAACAAGGCCACAAGCUGGAGGUAGGAGCACCGCGUCCCCCAGCAACUGUUACCAAUGCAGUCUCCUGGAGAUCAGAGGGGAUUAAAUACAGGAAGAAUGAAGUGUUUAUCGAUGUCAUUGAGUCUGUCAAUCUGUUGGUGAGUGCAAAUGGAAGUGUGCUGCGCAGCGAGAUUGUGGGUAGUGUCAAGCUGAAGGUGGUUCUAUCAGGGAUGCCGGAAUUACGACUGGGACUCAAUGACAAAGUUCUUUUUGAGAUUACAGGCCGAGACAAGAGUAAAUCAGUGGAACUGGAAGAUGUGAAAUUUCAUCAGUGUGUCAGACUUUCCCGUUUUGAAAAUGAUCGCACCAUUUCCUUCAUUCCUCCAGAUGGAGAGUCAGAACUUAUGUCUUAUCGGCUCAAUACACAUGUGAAGCCGCUAUUCUGGAUUGAAUCAGUAAUCGAAAAGUACUCUCACAGCCGUGUGGAAAUCAUGGUUAAGGCUAAAAGUCAGUUCAAACAACGCUCCACAGCAAACAACGUUGAGAUCAUGGUGCCAGUUCCAAGUGAUGCAGAUUCUCCAAAGUUCAAGACGAGCACUGGUAGUGCUAAAUGGGUUCCAGAGAAAAAUGUGGUGGUGUGGACAAUCAAGUCAUUUCCGGGGGGAAAGGAAUUCCUUAUGCGGGCUCACUUCGGUUUGCCCAGUGUUGACAGCGAGGAACUGGAGGGGAAACCGCCCAUCACCGUCAACUUUGAAAUCCCAUACUUCACCGUUUCAGGAAUACAGGUCCGCUACUUGAAGAUUAUUGAGAAGAGUGGAUACCAGGCCCUUCCUUGGGUGAGGUACAUCACCCAAAGUGGAGAUUAUCAGAUUCGGACAACUUAAAGGAUUUCUGAAGACCUUUUUCUGUUGGUAAUGAAGGCAUUUUUACAAAAUAAGAUGUUCAAGUUAACCACCGAAUCCUUCCCCACUCUUGAGACUGCCAUGUUUUCCAUUUAAAGUGAAAUUCUCUGAUCUAGGCUAGGGCCUCUAAACUUGAGGAAUUCCCAUUUGGCCCUGGAAAUUUUUUUGUCAUAUUUAUAAGAAAGAGUUUUUUUUCCAAUUAGUCCAACACACUAAACUUUAUUAUAAAUUUUCUAUGAUGUAUGUGAACCUGUAAUGAAGCUGCUAAAAGCAAUGAAAAAGCAAGGUGUUAUUUUGAAAAAUGAUUUCCAAAAAGUACACAGGGUGGUGCAGGGAAAUGGGAAAUUUUGGAACUAGGUGUUGGCAACCCUGGGGCAUCGGCAAUUGUUUGGGACAAAUGCGACCUCAUUUUAGUUAUAAUGGACCAGUGGAGUGGUGUGCAACGAGCGUAUGCUGUGAAAGCCUUUUAUAAGAAUGGUGAUAGUGUGACUGCUGCACAAAGGGAAAUUCGGCGUCUUUACCAGUUAGGACGUCACAAUCGUGUCCCGUCUGCUCAUGCGAUUACAAAAUGGGUCCGUAAUUUCGAAGAAACAGGUUGAGCCUUAAAAAAGGAAGUCCCCAGGUGGAGCCAAAUCGCAUAAUGCCCGAGAAUCGAUGGUGCGUCAUUUCACACAACAGUGACAUUCCAUGGCCUCCGAGAUCCCCAGAUCUCUGAUUUUUCUUCUGCGGGGACAUCUUAAAAGCCAAGUGUACCGCAUACGUCCUUAAAUCAUUGCUGAACUUAAAAGAACUAUUGAAGAAGAAAUCGCCGGCCUUCCUCUUGACAUGUUACGUCGAGCAAUGCAGAACUUCUACAACAGGCUGUCUGACUGUAUGGAGAAAUGGACAACACCUUCAUGAUGUUUUCUUCAAAACAAAAAAAUGAAUAUUGAUUACCAUCAUUAAUUGCGUAUCCUGUACAAUACAUUUCAUCAUUAAAUGUAUUUUGCAAUGUG